UCCUCUGCUCCUUUCGCUGACGUCACCUGGAGCCCGUACCCGGCGUAUGUCCGCUGUGGCGUGUGCGUUUGUUUGGCAACAAAAGACACAUUUUUUUAAACAGUUAGCGACAUUUUGUCGACGACAGUAUAUUUGCGGACUUUAUCACAGGUGUGUUUAUCAGCGCAGUGAUAUUUACGAGUGCAAUUUUUAUUCUAAGUUUGUAGUUUAAACGGUUUUAUUUUGAAUAGCUAGCUAGGUGGCUAACAAAAUGGCUCCGUCUAUUUACUGCACAACAAUAACAAAUACUGACUCACAAUGUUAGGCAGUAACGUUAGUUGGUAGUGAUGACACCGCCGCUGCUAACGUUACUGUCCGUUGGAGGAAGAGGAAGAGGAAGGAGGUGAUGAUGAUGAUGAUGACAUGCAGUUAGCUGGCUGCUUGGCUGGCUGACGGACGGACGGACUUGAGCCCACUGUGUGUGUGGUGUCGCCCCACAACCAGAGCAGGAUCCGGGACAACAAGAGGCGAAGAUGCCGCGGAGAAAACAAUCCAACCCCCAGCCGGUGAAGUUGGAGUCGGAGGACGGGGCGGUGGUGUGUGAGCCGGGCUGCCUGGUUCUGGAGAGCGACUUCCUGCUGAGCGGAGAGCUGGAGUUUGGAGACUCAGAGAUCAUGGGGCUGGAUAGAGAGUCCGGUAUGACGGUCUUCUCUCUGAGUGUGGAGGACGACCCUUCAACACCAACAGACUCCACCUUCCCAGCUUUCCUCUCCUGUAAAGGAUGUGGUCAACUUCUGGGAGACUCUCCUCUGGGAGCAGGUUUAGAUCUAGGUGUGGGCCUGGACCUGGGGGCGGAGCUGUAUUGUCUGACCUGUGAGGAAGGCCUCCAGCAUGAAGCGUCAAUCGACUCCUCUCAGGUGGAGGAGGCCGACGGAACCAGCAGCGGUGACCCCGACAGGAAGAGGAGAAGCGCAGGUAAGACAGACGGGGCAGGUGACAUCCCUUCUAAACUGUUCUCGUGCUCGCUGUGCCCCUUCACCUCGCGCUACUCCAACCACCUGAAGCGCCACAUGAGGACCCACGACGGCGAGAAGCCGUACCGCUGCCCCGUCUGCCCCUACGCCUCAGCCCAGCUGGUCAACCUGCAGCGCCACGCCCGCACCCACACCGGGGAGAAGCCGUACCGCUGCCACCAGUGCAGCUACGCCUGCAGCUCCCUCGGCAACCUGCGGAGGCACCAGCGCAUGCACACGCAGGAGAGACCACAGAGGAGGGAGAAGGAGAAACGACGAGGGAGGAGGAAAAAGGCAAACGCUGAAACUGAAGAAGUAGUGUCAGACCUGACCCUGCGAGUGUCCCAGGACUCAGGUUACCUCCAGACGUUGGGGGGCCUCGGCUCUCCCUCCGCCCCGCUCCCCGUCCUCCUCUUCCCCCUGUGCUGCCGGAUGUGUGGCCUCACGCUGGAGGAGGCCGACCUGGAGGGGGACAAGGCCCAGGGGGAGGUGGAGGGCGACGGAGGACAGGUGUGUCGUCGUUGCUCGUUGGACCUGCUGUCCAAAGAUGGAUCCGGGACUCCCUGCAGCCCGGCCGUGUCUCGGGGACCCCGGCGGGGUCAGCAUGGUACCAAGCUGUACCGCUGCCCUCACUGCCCCUUCCUGUCCCACUACCCAAACCACCUGGCCCGCCACGCCCACACCCACUCUGAGGAGAAACCACACCGCUGCCCGCACUGCCCCUACACCUCCUCGCACCUCGACAACCUCAAACGCCACCUGCGCGUGCACACGGGUGAGAAGCCCUACCAGUGUCCGUCGUGCAGCUACGCCUGCGGAAACCUUGCCAACUUGCGGCGACACGAGCGCAUCCACUCGGGCGCCAAGCCGUUCCACUGCGGCGUCUGCGGCUACUCCUGCAACCAGAGCAUGAACCUGAAGAGGCACAUGCUGCGGCACACGGGAGAGAAGCCGUACGCCUGCGCCGAGUGCGACUACACCACGGGCCACUGGGACAACUACAAACGCCACCAGAGGAAACACGGGCACAACACGGACAGCUGGGACAAACACGCACCCAUCAACGGCCUCAGCUGGGGCAAAGACACUCAGGAGAGUCAGGGACAGGAACAGGAACAAUGUUAGAGUGUGUGUGUGUGUGUGUGUGUGUGAUUGAGAGUGUGUUUGUGUGGGGGAUUGAGAAUGUGAGUUGUAUACACUGGUAAACCUCCAGCUCAGGUUGGAGCUUAACUCAGGUGCCUUUUGACAGACUGUAUAGCUGCACUGACUUUAUAAAGGGGUGUGUGCAUGCGUGCUGCAUAUAUAUAUAUAUAUAUAUAUA